GGCAGACUGGGGAGGGGCGUGCUCCGGCCCUGGCCCCCCACGCCCGUGUCCACCUCGGAUGGAACUGGCGCUGAGGCGAAUUUCUGCCAGGGCCGGGCUGAGUCUUCCCCUUCCAACAGCUCCAGGAACAACCUGCAACCCAGUGUGGCCUGGGAGGUGGGGCUGGGAGCAGCCUGGGCCAGGAGGGCAUUGCAGAAGGGGGCAUCGUGGUGAGCUAGGUUUCCCAGCCCCCUCCUGGACCCCACCUCUCACCCCGCGCGCUCGUCCUCCCAGGGGGAGCAGACAGAGGGGCGGCGGGGGAGGGGCGGGACAGCGCCUAGCAGCAGCCAAGUGCAAGGUCUCUCCUUGGGAGUGAGAGCUGGGAGUGGGAGCGCGCAGAUCCGCUUAGCCUCCUGUUUGCAGGAAAGGAGACCGCGCAGGGCAGGGCGUGCCCAGGGAGCGCUGCGCCGGCCGAGUGGGUUCCGCCGCUGGCUCUGGGCUCGGCCCCUCGCGGGCUGGCUCUGGCCCCAGGCCCCCGCUGUCCUGGGGCUCGCCCCCCAGGCCUUGGCUUGGGUGGGCCGGCGGCUGUCAGGGGCCGAGCCCUGACGGAUGAGUGCUGACGGCCCCGCGCGCGGCUGCGGGGACCCGGGAGACCUGGCCGCCUCUGCGCACCCCCGCGGCAGCCUGCGGGCGACGGGGGCGGGGACGGUGCGGGCGCCCCUUGCUCGCCGCACACCUGCGCCGUCGCUCCCGCCCGCGCGGGACCACCAGUGUCACCUGCCGCGCUCGUCCGGAGUCGCGCGCCCCGAGCACAGAGCUCACAGCGCAGAGCCGUCCACGCCAGGCGUCCGCAGGUGGCCAUGGUGCUCGCGCCUGCCCGCUAGCAGGCUGCCAUGUCUCGGGAGGUGGGCUCCUGCCGCGUGGGCGCAGGGUCCAGGGCGCGCUCCCGGAAGCCCAAGAAGCCACACUACAUCCCGCGGCCCUGGGGCAAGCCCUACAACUACAAGUGUUUCCAGUGCCCCUUCACCUGCCUGGAGAAGUCGCACCUGUACAACCACAUGAAGUACAGUCUCUGCAAGGACUCCCUCUCGCUGCUGCUGGAUUCGCCGGACUGGAGCCGCCGCACAGCCCCCUCGCCCAGGCCCCGCGCGCCCACCCCAGACGGCCCCGCCGACCCCGCAGACCCUGGGGCCCGGCCCCCCGGGCCCGACCUCGCCGGCACCGACGGCCUCUCGCGGCACCGCUGCGGUGGGGCCCCCAAGCCUGGGAUCGAGGGGUCCCCGGGGCCGCUGCCCCCUGUGGCCAGGGCUGCCCAGAAGGGGCCGGGCCCUGGCAGGCUCCUGGCAGAGUCGUGGAAGCCAGGGCUGGGGGGGACCCCAAGGAGCGUGGCUGUGGGGGCCGUGACCCCAGCGGGCCCUGACGGCAGUGUCCCCUGCUACCCCCCACCGUCGCCAGCAGAGCUCCCAGAGGCCCAGAACCCCCACCUGUCGCUGUUGGGUGUCAACUACCCCCUCGGCCCCGGCCUCUUCUCCUACCUGGGGCCCUCUCUGGCCACCGCCGCCCACAUGCCCUUCCUGGCCUCGGCCAGCCCCCUGAUGCCCCCUGCCACAGCCUUCCCCGCCCCACAGCCCCCCGAGCGCCCUGCCCUGGGCCCCCGCCUGUACUAUCCACUGCUCCUGGAGCACACGCUGGGGCUGCCGUCAGGCAAGGCCGCCCCUGCCCCCAAGGGGCCGCCCGGGACUCUGGUCCCUGGGUUGCUGAGACUGCCCAUCCCAGGGCUGGGGGGGUCCUGGCCUCGUGGCACCUCCAGGGACCCGGGGCACGAGGGGGAGCUGGAGCGGGCCACCCAGAGUGACCCCAAAAGGAGGCUGCUCCCGGGGAGCAGGCUGGAGUUCCUGAAGACCCCCGCCAGCCUGGCCAAGUUUGCUUCCCAGAGCAGCCUGCCGACGCUGUGGCCCGAGGACAAGGCGCUGGGCGGCCCUGAGACCCAGCAGCCCCCGGGGCUGGUACCCGUGGGCGACGACCUGACGGGGGCCCUGGGCGACUUCGCCAGGGUGGAGCGGCGCCUGGGGCAGCUGGCGCCGGCCGGGGGCCUGGCCCCGAGACCUCUGCGGGAGCAGCUGGGCAAGAUCCGCCGCGAGCUGCUCAGCAUCCACCAGGCGCUGGAGAGGGCCGCGAGGCCGCCAGACGCGCCCCUCGACCUCUCCGUGAGACGGGCGCCCCCCACGGGGCCCGAGGCACCUGCCGGCUCCUUGCUGGCCCCGGGGACCCCCGAGCCCCCCGAGCCCUUCCUGGGCUGCACCACCAAGUGCGAGGCCGACUCCAGCGUCCCGCCCCCAGGCCUCCCCCCGCAGGCUGCCGAGGACGCGGUCCUCCCUGGGGGCGGCUGGGGCAGCCGAGUCGCAGCUGGGUGCCCCCAGACCUCUAAGGAUGCCUGUGGCGUGCCGAGCCCCCCGCACGCCGAGGCCUGACCCUCAGCCCCUCACUUUCCCCAGCUUCUGCAUGCACACGGACAGAGCCCAGCGGCCCGUGGCCAAGGCUCGUCUCUGGGCCCACACGGGUGGGGAGGUCACACUGUGGACAUUAAAGCAGAAACAACCCCUGCAAACCCCGACUGCGCCUCCUCUUUGCUGCCCGCGGUCACCCCCUGGACAGCCCCAAGGGCUGGCCCCGGCCUGGGCGCCGCAGCCGAGCCGCGAACCUGCCGGGCUUCCUUGCUGUGGCCUGGGGAGGCGAGGGGGCUCAGCAUGGAUGCGGCCUGUGUCCCCGUGCGUGGGGGUGGGCAGGGACCCCGAGCGUGAUCUAGCCCCCAGGCCAGGCAGGCGGCCCCCCCAUGCACUCCUCUGCGCCUGGUGGCACAGGACUGAUGGCCCCGCGUGGCCUCCGCUGGGCCCCUGCCAGCCCUGCAGCCACGAUAGGCAUCGGUGGCCUUCACAGCUCGCUGCCUCCCUCCCGGCACAGCCUGGCCUGGCCUUCUUCCCACAGGCAGGGAGGAGCACGGGGCGGGGGCACCGCGGGGCGGGGGCACCGCGACUAAGCCCUUCGCUCCCAGGGAGCCCGGCCACGCCCUCACCGCUCCCCGAGCCCAGGCUGGCCUCCUGGGAGGCGCAGCGCCUGCCUGCACCCGGCUCCUCAGGCUGUGGCUGGGCAGGCCGGGCUGGGGCCAGUCCAGGCAGGACCCGCGGCUGCCCCAUUAAGCACACAGGGUGGCGAUACCAUCAGCCGUCCACC